UGAAGGGGUUAUUUUCCUUCUCCUUUCAAGUGGAAUCAGACAUUGCUCCUACUGCCCUGUUGCUUAUUUACACUAUUUUACCAAAUGGAGAAAUUGUUGCAGAUACACAGAAACUCAAGAUAGAAAACUGUUUUGCCAAUAAGGUAAAUUUGAGCUUCUCCUCAGCCAAGAGCCUGCCAGCCUCAGGCACCAACCUGAAGGUCACAGCCACUCCUCAGUCCCUCUGUGCCCUUCGUGCAGUAGACGAGAGUAUGCUGCUAAUGAAACCUGAAGCUGAGCUCUCACCUCAGUCAGUGAUCUAUAAUUUGUUACCAGUAAAGUAAGACUUUAAUGUUCAACAUGGUAGCUUCAUGAAUAAAGACAUUGAAGGAUGCAUAAUUGCAGAAGACAUCACUCACAACGGAAUCCUUUACACACCAAAGCAGAUCCUGGAUGGUGAUGACGCUUACAGUAUCUUCCUAAAAAAAGAGGAAGUUGGGAACAGAUGGGCUCUAGGAAUCAGGUUACUGUGGGCAUCUGCAUGGGAAGAACUUAGAGAAGAAAGACCUGCACUUCACCAAGAGAGGAGAAACCACCAUCCAGCUGAGGGAGUGAAAGAGACAGUCCGGAAGUAUUUCCCUGAGCCCUGGAUCUGGGACCUGGUGCUACUCGAUUUAUCAGGUAGCAGUGAGUUGGCAAUCAAGGUCCCUGAUACAAUCACAAAGUGGAAGGCCAGCGCACUCUGCUUGUCUGGAACAACAGGACUUGGCCUCUCUCCCAUCAUCUCUCUUCAAGUCUUCCAGCCCUUCUUCCUAGAACUCACGCUCCCUUACUCUUUGGUGCGAGGAGAACCCUUUACACUCAAAGCCACUGUGUUCAACUAUUUGUCCCACUGCAUUCGGGAAAGGGUUGGCAUGGAGCUAGAGGACUCUCCUGCCUUCUUGGCUGUCCCAGUAGAAAAGAAUGAAGAAUCUCACUGUAUCAGUGGAAAUGGGCAGAAAACUGUGUCCUGGGCUGUGACCCUCAAGUCACUGGAGAAGGUGAAUUUCACAGUGACUGCAGAAGUCCUACAGUCUCAGGAAUUGUGUGGCGAUGAGGUACCUAAAGUCCCAAUGUUUGGACAAAAGGAUACUGUAAUCAGGCCCUUAUUGGUUGAGCCUGAAGGAAUAGAAAAGGAGGAAACUUUCAACACACUCCUCUGCGCACCAGGGUACCAACAACAGUUGAAUUAUAAACACAACGAUGGUUCAUACAGUACCUUUGGGGAUCGUGGUGGUACAAGUCAUGGAAACACUUGGCUCACUGCAUUUGUGCUUAAGGCCUUUUCUCAAGCCCGGUCACACAUCUUUGUGGAGGACUCACACAUCACGAAUUCCCUCACCUGGCUCUCACAGAAGCAAAAGGAAAAUGGCUGUUUCCAGCGCUCUGGAUCACUGCUAAACAAUGCUAUUAAGGGUGGAGUAGAUGAUGUGGUGACUCUCUCUGCCUACAUCACCAUUGCUCUGCUGGAGACACCACUGCCUGUCACUCACCCAGUGAUCCGCAAUGCUCUAUUCUGCUUGGAAAGGGCAUGGGCAUCCACUUCAGAAGCCCAAGGAAGUCUUGUCUAGACCAAGGCAUUAUUGGCCUAUGCCUUUGUCCUAGUAGGAAACCAGGUCAAGCGAAGUGAGCUGCUUCAAUCACUGGACAAAGAGGCUGUGAAAGAAGGGGACUCAAUCCACUGGCAAUGCCCUGGGAAACUUCAAGAAGCUGAGGCAUUCUCCUAUCAACCCCGGGCUCCUUCUGCUGAAGUGGAGAUGACAUCCUACGUGCUCCUUGCCCAUCUUACCGCCCAGCCUGCCCCAUCUUCAGAAGAUCUGUCUGUUGCUUCACGUAUUGUUAAAUGGAUCACCAAGCAGCAAAACCCCACUGGGGGCUUCUCCUCCACUCAGUCCCAGAUCUUUUCUCCUGUAAAUUACAUUGGAGAACGACCCAGCUCCAACAUGGUCAUUGUUGAUGUAAAGAUGGUAUCCGGCUUCAUACCUGUGAGACCAUCAGUGAAAAAGCUCCAAGAAAGGCCUCAGAUUCAAAGGACUGAAGUGAGCACCAACCGUGUCCUGAUUUACUUCGAGGAGCUAACCAAACAAGCCUUGAGUUUCUCCUUCUUGGUGGAACAAGACAUCCAAGUAGAUAAUUUAAAACCAGCUACAGUAAAAGCCUAUGAUUAUUAUGAGACAGAGUUCACCAUUGAAGAAUACAGUGCUCCAUGUAGUGCUGGUAAAGUAGAAACAGAAAUCUAA